CAGGCAUUAGUAGGCAUUCUGACCUAGAACUGCUUCCUGUUUCACAAUGUGUUACCAAAACCCCAGAGCCAACCUGAUCCACGAAUGGCUUUCAAGUUCCUCUUCUCUUCUUCAUCCUGGGGUGUCCGCCCCAAACCGUGGAUAUCGUCCGGAUUGCGCGGAAUCCACGCUCCAGCCAUGGCUCUUAAGUACCUCAAUCAAGAGCAAGCCACCAAUAUCGACGUGGAGCUCUUCAACGACUAUCGGUUCUCCGUGGACCAGUUGAUGGAAUUGGCAGGCUUAUCUUGCGCUCAUGCCAUCGCCCAAUCCUUCCCGGAGAUCCACGGCCAAUCCAUCCUGGUUUGUUGCGGUCCAGGUAACAAUGGGGGCGAUGGAUUGGUUUGCGCCCGACAUCUAUCCUUGCUAGGCUUUGCUCCUGUUAUAUUUUAUCCGAAACGAACGGAUAAGCCUUUGUAUCAGAACUUGGUGGUUCAAUGUGAAAAGAUGGGUUUACCAUUUUUGGAACAGACCCCAUCCCAAGUUGAUAUGGAUGGCGAUUUUAAGUUGGUGGUAGAUGCUCUUUUUGGGUUCAGUUUCCAACCACCCGUGAGAUCCAAUUUUGUGGAUCUAAUCGCUCGAAUGUCUUCAACUCCCGUGCCGAUUGCGAGUGUGGACAUUCCAUCGGGUUGGGACGUGGAACAUGGAGAUGUCAAUGACUUGGGACUCCAACCUGAGCUCUUGAUUUCGCUCACGGCUCCCAAAUUGUGCGCUUUAAAGUUCCAAGGUAAGCAUCACUUCUUGGGGGGUCGAUUUGUACCUCAAGCAUUACAAGAGAAGUACCAACUAAACCUGCCCGACUAUCCAGGAACUGACUCGUGCGUCCGAUUGUAGUGUGAUAAUGAAACAUUGGAAGAGAUUUAUUUUAAACCUGCCAAUAAAUCACAUGGUUGAACGUUCUGGUA